AUGGAGGCAGGAGACCCAUACAUUUCAUUUGACUGUUGGGAGGCGACGAUUACUUUGGAGGAUGUCGCUGUUAUCCUUGGACUUAGAGUGCACGGGGCACCUGUUACUGGUCGAGGCGAGGGUAACUGGGCUGCAUUAGUUUUCGAGUUGUUAGGGAUUUGGCCCAACACACCGGAGAACGAGCCCAAAGUUCUCCAGGGUUCGUCUUUGAGAUUGACAUGGCUUCGGCAACAUUUUUUCUUGUUGCCGAAUGAUGCUGAUGAGGUGACUGUACAGCGAUUUGCCCGGGCUUACAUUCUUGCAUUGAUGGGGUCCAUUCUUUUUGCCGACAAGAGUGGAGAUGCAGUCCAGGGGUGCGGGGAGUUAGGUGGCCCUGUGUUGUUGUUACAGAUUUGGGCAUGGGAGCACAUACACAUUGGCAGACCUCGGAUUUCGAGGGUGCGGGACCCACCUCCACAGUUUGACGAGGCCGUUCCUAUUUUAGGCUCCCAGCAUGUUCCGGGGAUUGACCCCUUAGCUGUCAGUUGGCUUCGAGUACACAUCAGUAGGUCCCACACAGCAGGUGGGCUUCCUUACUACAGGGAUGCACUUGACCAUCAGACGGACGAGCAGAUGACUUGGCAGCCAUAUACUGAUGCGAGACUGGCGUUGUUACCUGCUAUAUGUCGAGCUGAUCGACAUGUAUGGCGCACAAUGGCCCCACUUAUCUGUUUCGACAUUGUAGAGUUCCAUUUCCCUGGUCGAGUUAUGCGCCAGUUUGGAUUCGAGCAGACGAUUCCCGCACCUUCUGAUACGAGCACAACCCUUCAUGCCAUAGAUCGGAGGUCGAAGAACAAGAACUAUCCGCUCAGACAUCGACCUUACAUUGCACAUUGGGAUGAGCGCGAGGGACACAUAGUUCAGGGCACUCCUUUUAGUGGUCUACCAUGCCUUUGA